AAUCACCGCCGACUCCUGCGAAUCAUUCGUCUUCCAACGUUGGAACCGUAAGCAUCGUUUUUGUUCGGAGUUCGUGCUCUGCCGUGGCUGACCGGGAUUGUGUUUUCUAAUUUAGCGGAUAUUGCUGCAAGCCUUUCGAAAUUCGAUUGUAUAUUUUUCUACAGUGUUUUAGAAACAAAUAAGUUUGGGGAUAAAUUCCGGGGAUUGAUGCUGAGCGAACAUUUUGGCAUGAACGACCCUGCCAAUUGAGCAAGUAGCAGCAAAAAAACGAUAGCGCUCCCGUCCCGUUCGGGAUGCAGCGGACCCACCGUUCGAAAAUGUACUUUAUUUGAUCGUGCUCUAGUGCCGAUGCCGUGGACGGAAAUCUGAAUCACUAGUUUACCAAAGUUACUCUCCAAAACGGUCCGAAGGCGCGCGGUUAGUGGGCAUUCUAAUGCGUGUGUCGAGAAGAUAUUAUUGUUUUGGCAAUUUAGCGGCCAAUUUGGGAAAAUAGCGAAACAAAUCGUAACGACUGGCCAGUAUAGUGUGGAACGGAUUGUGCCUCCAGAAAAUGAUCGGCCCGGUCCGUACGAAUGUGAUUUUCGUGGAAGAACGGAAAUAAACCCACUCCAAGUUUUAUAUAAAUCUAAGAGUUGAAGGUGGAGCUAAUUCCAGCGUAAGAAAGAAGAGAAUAAGUCCGAAUACCAACUAUAAAUAAAGAUCUACGAUAUACGAAACAAUAAUCGUGAUUUCAGAAAUAGUCAGUGUGUCGAAGUAAGAACUAAUAUUUUAGGCGCUGAGUGAUCUUUUCAUUCGUGAUAUUCAUCUUGUAUGAAUCUUAUGCGUAGUUUGUUCAAGUGAAAAAAAACCCCAGUUUUAUAGAGAAUCAUCUAUCUAGUUGGGUCAGAUAAAACGACAAGAUCGAUCCAACAAUGAAGCUGCUAAUACUGCUGUCGUUUCUGCUGGUUUACUCAUCCGGCCACCGGAUACAGCUGUCCGAUUCGAUUCUGGACAUCAUCAACACGCGCCACGUGGAGCAGGUGCUGGCGGAGCGACGGAUGAACGCUUCGCGGGACGAGAAGCGAUACUUGGUGCAGAACGAGCUGAUGGAUGAGGACGCGACGGAGGACAGCACCGGUGAUCUUUACCAAACGCCCGAGGUGGCGAUCGAUUUCGAUUUCAAUGGGCGGCUCCAAUCCGGCUCGGCGUCGCCAGUGUUCAACGAGAGCGGCUUUCAGUAUCAGCCGACGGGAUCCUCCCCCAAUGCGGAUAUUUUGGCGGACCUGCGGGCAUACAAGGGGGAUAAGUUGCUGAAAUCGAGUAAAAAUGCGCUGGUGGUAACGAGAAAAGAGUACCUCAAGAAGGACUGGUGCAAAACGGAGCCACUGGUGCAGCGGAUCCGGGAGGAGGGAUGCCUCAGCCGGACGAUCAUCAAUCGCUUUUGCUACGGGCAGUGUAAUUCGUUCUACAUUCCAAAAUCACCGAAGCGUAGGCGGCACAGUGGUGGCGCUGCAGGCGGUUCGGGCACACCGGGACGGGGCGGUCACGGAGGUCACCACGGUGGUAGACGUGAGGUGGAUCUUGAUUUCGAAGACGAAGAUCUCACCGGGCCAGCGUUCCGCUCGUGCGCCUUCUGCAAGCCUAAAAAGUUCACCUGGAUCACGGUGACGCUUCGCUGCCCUUCGUUGGUGCCCCAGUUGCGGCGGAAGCGCAUCCAACGCAUCAAACAGUGCAAAUGCAUUGCGGAGCCAUUGAAUUAAAGUCGUUGUUUUUUUUUGUUGGUGCUGCUUGCCGAAGAUGGGACGUGAAAGCGGAAUGCGUAUGCGUUUUUGGAUGUUCGUGUGGGGUGAAUGUCGCGCGAGAAUGACUGGGCGCUGUUUAUUUUUUUUUAAAUUCUUGUCUGCUAGUGACUGCGAACAUGUAAACCAUGGAGAAUAGUAGGACUUAAUCUGUUUCGAAGUUUUGUUUUCUUCAUUUAAUUUAAUUUUUAGUCAAUAGACAAGUAUUUUGUACAAGUCUCUUGUGGCAUGGUGUUUGCGAUAGAAUGUGUGCGCAUGUUUGCAUCUGUGCCGUAUUUUUAAAUUCAAUUUGAUUAUGAGCUACAGAAACAGCAUAAUCAUCAAUGGACAUGGUGUAAGAAUGCAUAUAACAUUUUCCCACAAGUUGCUGUCACUGAUUUGUGAUUUCUAAUAAUGAGUGUAUCCGAGAAGGUACACUCGAAAUCAUGAAUACAAAUAAAUAGAGAAUAUUAUUACUUCAUUCUGGUUUCCCACAGCGCUGAUCUCUAGACUUGGACUGGCUGCUCGUCCCACAUGAAGACGCCCCUGACGUGGUGCUUCAAAGUGCAAAUUAAUGUUAAUUUACGCUUCCUAUCACGACUUACUAUGCGUGAACCACCCAACAGAGCGGUUUUAAGCAACUCCGGGUUCACUUCUAUUGUGGCCGGGUAUUAAAGAGUUGGUUUGGUCCAGUGACGAUUUUGCUGUGGCCUUAUUUACUGCCUCCGCACCGAUGAUCGUCUCUACACAUUACACGUUCCGACGACAUGAAAUGCGUCUAAUGGGAUUCUAACGCGUUCAACUAGUCAUUGCCUAGACCGGUGCCCCGUAAGUCGUUUGAUCUGUUGGGAAAUUGACACAUCUGACACGCAGUAAAAUCAUUUCUUAAAUUUGGCUAAUCACCUGGAUUUGUAAACUGACAUUCAGUGGAGGCAGAUUUUAAGUACCGAAUCGUUUGACACUUAGCCUGGUUGGGAUUUGAACACUGGAUUCAUCUUGCUGAUUUCAUUUGUCUCAGGCAGUAAUCAUUUCCGGAGUUCUUCUAUUGAAUUUAAUUUUGCAGGAUACCGAAAUCAGUCAAUAUUCAGUGUGUGCGAUUUUUAAACUCGAAUCUCGAAACAAAACUCAAACUCGAAAUCAGGAACGCACAGUUUUUUUUCGAACAUAUUUUCUUAAUUUGUGAAUGGCUGUACUUCUUUUAUGUUUUUACAUACCGUCAACCCAUUCUCUGGUAAAUUAAUAUUCUAUCAUUUUAUUUAAGAAGUCAAAGCAACGGUAUGAAACGUUUUCCCUGAUAUUCAGAAGCUAACGGCUUGCAAUACCCUACUGCCUUCAAACACAACACCCUACUGAAUUACAAUACUCCACUGAAUUUCAAAGAAAAUCUUUCGGAUUUAUUGCCGAUUUUUGUGCUAACUCAGUCACGAUCUGAUGGAUAAAGCCUUUUCUUUGGAACUGAGGAAAACACAACUUAUUCGGUAUCUAUUUUCAGAGAUCUUUACCACGGAAUGCAAGCAACAUUUAUCCUGAGCUCACAUUGCAGUGCUAGGACUUGGGCGUUGGAGUAAUCUACCCGGAAAAUGAAUUUGUUGACUUGAAGAAUUAAUUUUAUUUCAAAAUGUUGGUGGUUUUGAAAAGAAAGAAAAGUCGAUGACAACACGGUGUUGAUGUUAUCGGAUCAGAACAUUGGUGCUGUCGAUUGUGUUGCUGGAUGAUAGCUGUUUCACUGACGUUGGUGUUGCUGGAUUCGAUUUGCGUCGGAUUCUGAUGACUUUUUUCCACAAUUUCUCAAUUCCUUCUAACUUCCUUUUUGGUUUCUUCUUUUACUUCUUCUUCUUCGUUGCUCCAUGGAGGCUUUGUAUUUAAACUUCCAUUCGACGGAUUUGAGGUAAUGUUGUCUUGAAUUUUAGGAACGUUAAACUUUCUCAGUUCAUUCGAGAAGAACAAAUUAGAGAACUUAACCUAAACUCUUUUCUCCUGACCUUGAGCGAGGUCAUUUGGACGCCAUCGCCGACUUAUUGCCAGUUGGAUGACAGUUUAAUGGUGAAGGAUGUUUUGGACUAUGUAGAUAUUGUGUAUCCAUAAUUAGCUUAGUGUGGUUGUUUAGCUCAUUCUCUAUCAACAAAUUUCCCUAUCGAGCACAUUACAGUACCUUAAAAUGAUGCUUAUUCAACAAAAUUAAUACAAAAGCGCGGAUUUUAUCAUGGGGUGCAGGCGGUUAUAAAUUUGAAUGGCAAGCAGGCAGGCAAUGGCAAUGCAGUGUUAAUUUAUCAAUCCUUGAAAAAUGAGCAAGUUUUUUACAUUGAAAUAAUUUAGAGAUUUCGAAACUCGUCAUGGCUACUAAAUGGAUUUUUUUAGUGAUGCACAUUAAACAAAAAUGUUUGGAAGACUGACUAUUGUUUUGAAAAAAAAAUCCAUCAGUGUUUAAAUAGUGUCAAAAUAGAGUUUUUCUUGUGGUUUAGAAGAACAACUACAAAUUUUAAAUAUAUUGCAGCAUGCACUCAUGUUGUCAGGUAUUUGUUCUCAGUCUUAUGUAUCCAAAAUACCUGCAAAUUUUCUAAUUUAGAUGUUCUGUGUCUUUUUUCCCGAUUCAUCGUAACAAUCACUUCAUCGUCAAAUAUUGGAACGUUUUUGCAAGCGAACAAAAAUUUUAUCAUAUGGAAGGUUGGAUUUGUUAUUGGUUUACUUACAAAAAUAUUGUUUUGAAACAAAUUAAAAAGUUGUUUUUUCAUCUCCGAAUAUACACCCAUAUACAUCGAAGUAAGUAAAACAUUCCAAAACAGGAAAAUUGUUGCUUCAAGAUGGUGUAUGUUCCAUUUCUAAUUGAGGGGCUCAAAAUGAAAGGGAUGUAGGUGACAUCAUCGAUUUCUCUACAUCGACUCUCUCUCUCUUUUAUUCAUAACUCAAAUUGGAACAUUUUUGCAGUUGAGUUAUUAACUAAAGAAAAAAAUGAUGAAGACAAAUCGAUCAAGUCACUUACACCCCUUUCUUUUUGAGCCCCUCAAUUGGUAUUUUUUUUACAAAGUUAUAUUCUAUAUAUCCACUAAAAUAAUCUGUGCUCUUUGGUCCUCUAAUUUUAUCUUGUCGAGUGAAAAAGUAAUUACUGUUCAGAUUAAUACUGACUGAAUGUUCAAAACUCACCAAGAAUCAUCCGAAAUAUAGCAAUUUACCUCAAAUCAGUUGCCAUUACUAUUUAUCCAUUGGAUCGUGUUAAUUGGCUUUGAUGCCCAUACAGCUCGUUCACAUUAUUUUAGAGAGACGUUAUAAUUAUUUUGUAGCAGACAAUUUUCUCAGUUCAUUCGGCUCCAACUUUUGGAAAAUUAAACUCUCAUCUCCUGACCUUGACAACAGAAAAUCCGAACCGAAUCGGUUGUGCGGUGGCGAAGGUGGCAAUAGCCAGCAAAAAAAAAACAGCUUCAGCAUUUAACCGAAGAACACAGCUCUCACUAAAGUCAAAUAACUCCUUCACAUACAGUUUGGAACACGCUGCAAUUUUAACCCGGAACAAAAAAACACAAAUUCACGAAAAUUGAAUGAUCAACCGGAGAAAGCCACCAAUAAUCCCAAAACCCUUCUAAAUUCACACAAGCUCUCCCCCGGUGAAUAUAAUAAAAAUAAAAAAACUUUUUUAUUAUUUUUCAUCGAACUUUUCUAGAAUGACUCUUCAGUAAAAUUUUUGAUGGCCCUGAAAAGGGCCUUGGUUUUAUGGUAGCAGCUGAUUCAUAAUUGGUUCAUGAUUCAUAUACCAUAUGUCGAAAUUCGUGUCCUUAUACACACAUACUGCAGCCAAAGGGGUUUCUCUAUUUGUAUCACAAUCACGCAUGGAAUCAAACAUGCUUGCGUGUGGUAUCAUACACAAGCGCUCUCCACCAGACGGCGUGUAAAUCGAUACGGUGCCUCAACCGAGCAAAACUGCAUCAUUGUGUGUGUGCAGGAGCGAUAAGACGAGAACGUUUGUUCGGUGCAAACAUGUCUCUGGAAGCUUGCAAG